AUGUUAGAAUUUGGAAAUUGUGUAAUAUUUCAGUCCUUUUCAACGACUAAUCAAACCUUCUCUGAAGAAGCAAAACUUCGUAUCAGUUAUGCGAAUGCAAAAGCCUCAAAGGGAGACAUCGAUAACGCGUUGAAGAUAUUCGAUGGUGUUUCGGAACGAUUGCGAAUCCGAUCGAAAGAGAAUUCAAAUUUAAUGCUCAACAUUCUGUUCACUUUAUUGGAGAAACAUGAUUGGAACGGUGCUGACAAGGCCAGAAAAAAACGUGUGUUUCAGCUGAAAAGUUUGCUUAAUUUGGAUGAAGAUGGCAAAUUCUCGGAUUAUAUUGAAUUCACGACAGUUCUCGGUCGAAUACGUCAAUAUCGUGAUCAAAAAGAGGCGAAUGUGGAGGGCGCCAUUUAUUUAUUCAAAUUAUUACCUGAGAAAUAUGCGAGAACGCAAAGGGAUUUCUUCAAAAGUUAUCUUUUCGAUAAAUUGAAGCAGUCGAGCGACGUUGCUGAAUCCAUACAACUGGGCGUUCAGUUAGAACAGGCCGAUAUAUUGAAGAAUCCACGGAGGAUUCUUAUCGAUCAUGCACUGGCGAAUAAUCGAGCUAGAUUCUAUGAGUUGUAUGAAAAGUUUCUGAAAAGUGAUGAGUUCAAACGACUCGGUAAACGCGCACAUCUCGCAUAUCCGUAUAUCGUUCAUUCCUUGAAUCAGUUGUCAAAUAGUAGCAAUGAGAAGAAAGUUGAAAUUUUUGUACAUAUAGCAAGUGCCCUAUUCAAAUGGGAACAACCGGAGAUGCGAUUUCUAAAGCAGUGGUUCAUGGAACCACUCAUGAAAAAUUCGAGUGUGUUGACGGAAGUUAUGUGUGAAAUUUGUAAAGACGAAAAGAUCCGAUCGAAUAUCGCUUCAAUGGUUAUCGAUCAUUUAUUGUUUAGACAUAAAUUCAAGGAAGUGACGGAACUUUUGGAUGGGUGA